AAACAAGGUUUCAUUUGAUUCAGCCAUGGCACCCAUUAUUGCUCUGGCUUUUGCCUUUCUUUUCUUUCCCCUUUCCUCUUCUGUUAGUGCCCUGAGCUCAAAUUACUACGACCAAACAUGCCCCCAACUUGAGCAAACAGUCACUUCUACCGUCCAGAAAGCCUUGCAGAAUGAUAGAACAGUAGCAGCUGCACUACUUCGAAUGCAUUUUCAUGAUUGCUUUAUCAGGGGUUGUGAUGCUUCUGUGCUGCUAAACUCAAAAGGGAACAACCGAGCAGAGAAAGACGGACCUCCCAACAUUUCCUUACAUGCAUUUUAUGUUAUUGACCAUGCCAAAACAGCGGUGGAAGCCCUGUGUCCAGGCGUUGUUUCUUGUGCUGAUAUCCUUGCUUUGGCUGCUAGAGAUGCAGUUGUUCUUUCUGGCGGACCUACUUGGGAAGUACCCAAAGGAAGGAAAGAUGGAAGAAUUUCACAGGCAAUUGACACCAGACAGCUUCCAGCGCCAGUAUUCAACAUAUCUCAGCUACAACAAAGUUUCUCCCAAAGAGGCCUCUCUUUAGAAGAUUUAGUAGCUCUGUCAGGAGGUCAUACUCUUGGGUUCGCUCAUUGCUCCUCAUUCCAGAACAGAAUCCACAGUUUCAAUGCCACAUUUGACGUUGACCCCACAUUGAACCCAUCCCUCGCCUCAAAUUUAAGGAGCAUAUGUCCUGUGAACAACAACGUGAGGAACGCCGGAACCUCCUUGGAUUCCACCAACUUUAAAUUUGACAACAUGUACUACAAGUUGCUUCUUCAAGGGAGGAGCAUCUUCUCUUCGGAUCAAGCUUUAGUCACCGAUAAAAGAACAAGAGCAUUGGUUGCAAAAUAUGCAAGCUCCCAGGAAGAAUUUGAGAAUGCUUUUGUGAAGUCCAUGAUCAAGAUGAGUAGCAUAACCGGAGGGCAAGAGAUCAGGCUGAAUUGUAGAGUUGUUCGGUGAAUUUUCACGGUCAAUAAAGGAAUUUAAAGGUUUCUUGAUUCCAUUUUUAUUUUUCGGGUUUUCAAAAUGAAUAAAGCUUGUUUUAUUGC